AUGGCGGACAAGAUCUCAAUCACUAUCUGCGGGGACGGCGGAUGUGAGGAUUCAUACUCGGUCACCCGCACCGUCGAUGGCCUCCCCUAUUCCCUUUCAAUCACCGAUACCGCGGGUCAGGAGGAAUAUCGCGGGCUAUGGACAGCAUCGACGUUGAAAUCGGACGCCUUUCUACUGGUCUACGACAUCACGAACCCUUCGAGCUUGGAGUCCUUGAAUUACUUCAUGGACCUGAUCAACAUGGAAGCUGAACAGCGCGUGGAGGACAAUGAGCGAUUACGACAGGAACUCGGGGUUAAAGCUGCCGGAACCUCGGUCGGCCACCCACCACCCGUGAAGAUCGUCGCGGGCAACAAAUGCGACUUGAAAGAUGGGCGCGCCGUCACCUCCCGCGACGGGCUGGAAUAUGCGCGCAAAAAUGGCUGCGGUUUCAUGGAGACCAGUGCGCGCGAGAUGGUCAAUAUCGAAGAGACAUUUGCUCGUAAGAGGAUCGACCUCUGCGGGUCUCGCUGGAGGGGCUUCGUUGCGACCGCCAUCGCGAGCUGGGCAAUCCGUCCACCCUGGGGCACUUCCCCGACCACAGCGGACGCUAGUAUCGGGCGCGAGUCUCGAUUUCGUACACAUCGAUUUUUUGCGUUUGGGAAGGGCCGAAAAUUGACCGAGAUCAUGGCUGAUGGACGGGAACACCGAGACGGACAGGGACCCAUCGAUGAGGGGAGGCAGUUGCGAAACAUGGAAUCUAGCGUACAUGAUGGCCCGGAAAUGUCUUCCGAGAGAUUUCCAAGAUGGCUCCGCUCGGCACCUCAGUCGGGUCUGAAAGGGAAUGUCCACGGUUUGGGCGGCAUUCAGGCACGCCGUGAAGAGAGCUAA